CUGGCUAAUGAAAUUGGAUUAUGUCAAUAACAGCUGAUGAAUUAUAACCUGUGAAUAUGAAUACAAUGUAAAUACAGCAGAUAAACCUUUAUUUAAAUAAUUUAGCAGAAUGGCGAGCAAAGGUGUAGCAAUUGCCGAACUGUUUACCAAAGCCGUUGCCACCACUAAGUGCUUUGACCAAAAUCUUCGUAAGGUGAAGGUGGUAUGCUGUGGAGAUGGUAGAAUGGUGACAGAAUUCCAAGUAGGUCCGGAGCAUUUGAACCAAAGAGGUACACUCCACGGUGGGUUCAUUGCUCACCUGGUGGAUGCAGUCUCCACUUAUGCGUUAACCACUAAUGAAAAGGUGGAUACGAGAGGAGUGUCUGUAGAACUUAAUGUCAGCUACAUGUCUGCAGCCCGAGAAGGUGACAAUGUGGAGGUUGAAGCCAUCACAAAAAAGAUCGGCAAGAAGAUAGCCUUUUUAGAAGUCCAAGUUAAAAAUAAAGAUAAGAAUCAAUUGCUGGCAACCGGUAGACAUACCAAAUAUAUAGGAAUCUAAAGCAAUAAACUUAUGUAGAUAAAAUCCUGCAAAAGUAUCCAUCUGUCUUAAUGUAGCCAGUAGCUCUUACACGCCAAAACUACUGAACCGAUUUAGAUGAAUUUUGGUACGUAGUCUAUACCCUGAGAUAGGAC